AUGAGCAGCCAUGAUUCUUCUGAUGCGAUCCUUGGUGAAGACGAAGAGUUAAACUCAUCACCAACCUAUAUAAACCUGUGCAGCGCAGUCUACGAAGCGUACAAAGAACAUGACCCUUUCUACGAUACACACAGGAUUUCGUUUUCUGCCCAAGAUGACAAAUGGCAUUUUGAAGGGAGGACAGGCUCCGGCUUUCCGCUCCUUGAUUAUAAAAAGAAGUGGGAAGAGUUGCGCGAAGUGAAGUCUAUACAGCCAUUGGGCGAAAGCUGUGACCCAACAGCUGCCUCGGGAUUUACCGGCAGUAUCAGUCGAGGUUAUCACAACAUUGUGAAAGCCAAGGCCAGAGCAUACAUGGACUCCUUCCCAGGUCCAGAUAACGUUGCGACUAAUCAAGCUCAUUGGAAGCUCAAACGAUUGCUUCAGGGAAAGAAGUAUCCUGAGGAAGUGCUCGUCUAUCUAAAUGACACUCUUGACUACCGCCUAUCAGCCAUGACAUUAGCCUCGCAAUAUGUCUCAUUCCUAGACAUACAGUUCCCUGACGGCCUGACGUUCGACACAGAGGCUUGGCGUAAUAAUCUAGCCUUGAAUGUGGCAAAGGAUGGUGACUCGAAAGGUGCAAAAUCGAAGCUAGAGAAAUUUCACGAGGUCCGAGGAUAUAUCAUGGACACAAAGCUGUUUGACAGACCUAUGGCUUCACAAGGAUUUUCCUACACCAAACCCUGGGAGUAUCUUGCCAUCGCACUUGUCGAGUCGUCGUCACUAAGCAUUGACGAGAUCCGUGAUAAAAUAGAUGGUUUAGUUAAACUCAAGGAUGGAGCGCAACGUUUUCUCGCCACAAUGCCACUUGCCGAGGCGAUAAUGAAAAAUGACAAUGUGGUUAGACAUCGCGAUAGGUUCUUUGAAACUGCUAGAAGGUUUCGCAUUCGCUUGGGAUCGUUGUCCCCUAGCAAGCGUACUCGCGAAUCUCUACCAUCUUGA